UGUAACUUUGUUUAUAUAUAUAUAUAUGUGUGUGUGUGUGUGUGUGUGUAAUGUAAUAACUUGGCUAUGUGGCAAACCUUGGACCUUAAGGCUGGAAGCGUGGUGUUGGUCUUGGUUGGCGGUUAUGCCCAAUAUCAGAUCAGUAAUGGCAACAACCUCUUCUUUCUUCUUCACUUUGCUAUUGCUGCUUCUCACUGUUUCGGAUUUGUUUGUGCAAAGCCGAGGCCUAAAUUUUGGAAUCAACUACGGGCAAAAGGCCAACAACCUUCCAUCUCCAUCCCGUGUGGCUGUUCUUAUAAAAUCUCUGAAUGUCUCCAGAAUCAAACUCUAUGAUGCUGAUCCAAAUGUUCUAUCUGCAUUCUCCAAUUCAGAUGUGGAAUUCAUCAUAGGGCUAGAGAACGAGAAACUGCAGAGCAUGACAGACCCUUCUAAGGCUCAGAGCUGGGUUCAACAGAAUGUUCAACCUUACAUUUCACAAACCAGAAUCACUUGCAUCACUGUAGGAAACGAGGUCUUCAACUACAAUGAUACUCAGCUCACAGAAAAUCUUCUCCCUGCAAUGCAAAGUGUGUAUAAUGCCCUUGUUAAUCUAGGACUAGCACAACAAGUUACUGUUACAACUGCUCAUUCUUUCAACAUUUUAGCCAAUUCUUUCCCUCCUUCAUCUGGGGCAUUCAGGCAAGAUCUGAUACAAUACAUUCAACCCCUCCUUAGCUUUCAUGCUCAAAUCAAAUCACCCUUCCUCAUUAAUGCAUAUCCAUUUUUUGCAUACAAGGACAAUCCAAACCAAAUCUCCUUAAAAUAUGUGCUGUUUCAGCCAAAUCAAGGGGCCACUGAUCCAAAUACCAAUUUGCUUUAUGAUAACAUGUUGUAUGCUCAAAUUGAUGCUGUCUACGCGGCCAUCAAAGCGCUGGAGCAUACCGAUAUAGAAGUGAGGAUUUCGGAAACCGGUUGGCCUUCUAAGGGUGACCCUGAUGAGGUUGGAGCCACACCACAGAAUGCAGAAAUAUAUAAUAGUAAUUUGUUGAAGAGGAUAGAGCAGAAGCAAGGCACUCCUGCAAAUCCAUCUGUUCCAAUUGAUAUUUUUGUAUUUGCACUUUUCAAUGAGAAUUUGAAGAUUGGUCCUGUUUCUGAGAGAAACUACGGCCUUUAUUAUCCUGAUGGUACCCCAGUUUACAACAUUGGAUUACAAGGUUAUCUCCCAGUCCCAGAAAUGGUUAUGGAGUCCAAAUCUAAUGCUUUGUCCAUCAAUUUUCUCAUCUACAUAUUUACAUGUUUGUUGUUCACUUGGGAGCUUUCAAGACCGUGAUUAGGAAUAUAACAAAACAAAUAACUUUCUAUAGAUCAUUCUUUUGCAAUAGGAGUUGUUAAAAGGUAAGGAAAAUUUUAAUAUAUUUCGUGAAUCUGAAUCAUUAUUUUUUAAUCAACAAAUGUUAAUGGUUAGUUUGUUAGUUUUUUUAGUAAUAGGGAUUUGAAACCAGAAUCUCUCUCCCCUUUUUCCGGUCGACCUUAUAACUCCUACUUUAAUUUUUUAUUUGCAAGUGCUGAUAUUCUUUUUUUUUUUCAAUUACAAUUUCAGUAACGGUUGGGAAACCAGGUAUUGUAAAUAAUGAAACUGAAGUAAUUGUGCUAUAAAUUUUUUUCAUUCUUUGGUCACAUGAAAACUAGUUCAGCUCCUGAAUUUCUAAUGAAUCAAGUUUAUUACAUUAUGUAGUAAAUUAGCAAUGAUCACGGGCAUAAAGAGAUGGGAAGUCUGGAAAAAAAAUUCAAAAAGCGUUUUUGAUUCCUUCUAGUUAUUCUUUGAGUUUUUGAUAGUACUAUGCCAAAUAUGUAAUCUGAAAAAUGAUAUGAUGGAAAAGCUUUGGAACCAUAGCGUGUAAAAGUUCUGCCUAAAUGGUAUCUCUUUAAGCAAAACCUGUCAAAUGCUGUCCAAUUAGUGCUUGUGCAUGUACCAAGUGGACUCUUGUGCCACUAUAACCACCCCUAGAAAACCUUACUUGCAAUCAUGCAUGUGAAUCUUCCCCGGAAUAAAAUUCUCCUUGUCUUCAGCUAUACAAAAGUCCAAAUUCGGUUAUGUCAAAAAGGAAAGAAAAGCCUUCAGGAUCCCUCCUGCCAGAUAACCCAAUCUCAUGAAUUUGUCCUUGGUUUUGAACCUUUUCUCGUAGGUGGCUUCUCCUUUCCACUACUUUCCUUCCUUCUAUUCCCAUAUGAGCUUUUGUAGGACCCUUUGUUUUAAAGUUGUGCAAAAGUGAUUUUAAUUUUUUUUUUUUAGUUCACAAUCACGGAUUGAUCCUAAGACUUCAUACAUAAUACUCAAAUUUUCUCACUAUCCUAGUAAAUUAUUAAAAUUUGAGUUUCAUUUUUUAUACACUGUAAAUUUUUUUAAACUCGGUCAAUAAGAAAUUAUGACAGGUACAAUGGUUAUUAUAAAAGAUCCUAGACUUACCAUACAUUUGUAUGAUACGAUAUCAGUGUAAGAAUAUCAUUUGCAUAAAUUAUUUUCUCUUAAUUUUUAACCAUAAAAUCUAAUUAUUAAAAUAUACGAGGAGAUCAAUUUCAGUUGUAGCAUACUAGCAUUGGAAUGUCACCUACCAAGAGGGGCCUACUGUAGAAUUUUAUUAAACUGUUGAGUAAAGAGUUUAGAGAUUCUAUUAUACCAUCUCUAUUAGUGAGUGAUAGCUUGUCCUCAUAGAAUUAAAAUUCCUUAGUGUGAACUGUUCCAAGGUCAAACAGGAUGUUAAAUUUCAAGGUAUAAUAUUGUAGCGUAUCAUUUGCAACUUAGAAAAAUUCAUGAGCUGAGUGCAGUUGUGAGAAUCUGAAUGGAGAAAACAUGGUUUAGAAUUCUAAUGGUGCCUCUUUGUUGGACGAGAAUAAUCUCAUGUGAAAGAUUCUGCAAUAAGGGUCAUAAAAAUUGAGCUUAGGGCGGCUAUUAGAGGUGGUCCAGGUCAUUUCAAUUGAAUUUGUAGAGUUCUUACAGCAGCAUGGCUCAAUUGGGAUGAGAAUGACAGAUAGGAGCAGCCACCUAAAUAUUUCAAAGCACAAUUAGUGAUGAUUAUUGCUAGCUGCUUCCAUACCUGAUUUUUGUGGCAUUAAGUUUCUUUUCUGAUGUGCCAUAUAUACUCACAAACCAAAAUACAUCUUUACUUUAUGCUGUUCUAAACAAUAGGGGAAAAAAACACCACAAGAACGUGUUUAAAUAUAAACUUAGAGAAUUCAUAUAAACAAUAGUCGUCUAAUUUUUAUUUUUAUUUUUGGUACAAUUUCAUCUCAUUAAUACCAGUUACCCCACCACCCACCAAGAACAUGUUUUUUUUAGCAGAUUUGGCAUUAGUUUCAUAAAUUCUGAAAAAAAAAAAGAACGGAUAGAAAAUACAUCGAAUAAAAAUUUUAAUUUAAUACAAAUUCAGACACCUUGGGACAUAUUACAUAAUGACAACGCAUAAAAAAAA